AAACAAGUGUCUUUGUUUUUUAAAUUUCAUUAUUUCCCCUUAACUAACGCCCAGACCGACUCAACAUUCCCAGCUUCGCCGUGCGCGUCGAAGUCGUCCUCGCCGCCACCCUAAGCGCCUCAUCCUCGAUCUCCCACGAUUCCACCUCCAAUCCUGUUUCUCAGAUAUUAAUUAUGAGAGAAGAUAUCUCAAUAAUUGCAGAUCUGUAGCUUUUUUUCUCGAUUUAUUUUUUAAGAAAAUUGGCAGAUUUUGGUUAUGGCAACGAGGAAUAGGACCAUAUUAUUUAGGAAGUAUAGAGAUGCGUUGAAGAGCGUUAGAGCUCCGGCGAGUUCGUCGGCUCAUUUGACAACAUCCAAAAAUUCCGGCGGACGACCGGUGAUCGAGUUAGUGAGCACGUCGCUUCUCCAAAAUCGCUCUUAUGCUCCACUUAGUACUGAGGAUCCCGGUAACUCUAGUAAAGGUGCACUCACAGUUGGUCUACCACCAGCUUGGGUGGAUGUAUCUGAAGAAAUAGCUGCAAAUGUGCAGCGUGCACGCUCAAAAAUGACCGAGUUAGCCAGGGCUCAUGCUAAAGCUUUGAUGCCUUCAUUUGGAGAUGGUAAAGAAGAUCAACGCAUGAUUGAGGCUCUAACUCAUGAGAUAACUGAUCUUAUAAAAAAAUCAGAGAAGAAAUUACAAAGACUUUCAGCAGCUGGGCCUUCUGAGGAUUCAAAUGUGAGGAAAAAUGUACAGGUAUGUUGUUUUAGUAGCUGCAACAUUUUGUGCCUAGUUCUGCGCUCUCUUGCCACCGACCUUCAGAACCUUUCAAUGGAACUUCGUAAGAAACAGUCAACGUACUUGAAGCGCCUCAGGCAACAGAAAGAGGGUCAGGAUGGGGUUGAUUUAGAGAUGAACCUAAAUGGUAGUAGAUCUGGAAUAGAUGAUGAUAAUUUGGAUUACAUGGUGUUUAAUGAGCGGCAAAUGGCCAAGCUGAAAAAGAGUGAGGCAUUCACAGCAGAAAGAGAAAGAGAGAUCCAGCAGGUUGUUGAAUCAGUAAAUGAGCUUGCUCAAAUUAUGAAGGACUUGUCAGUACUUGUAAUAGACCAGGGCACUAUUGUUGAUAGGAUAGAUUACAACAUUCAGAAUGUUGCAACUACAGUUGAGGAGGGUCUUAAACAGUUGCAAAAGGCUGAGAGAACACAGAAACAAGGAGGGAUGGUGAUGUGUGCAACAGUGCUUGUUAUCAUGUGCUUUAUCAUGUUGGUGCUACUAAUCCUCAAGGAGAUAUUCUUGUAAUUUAUUAGAACUUUCCAACAUUUGCCCAUUCUUAUCAUUGCUCCUCUGCGAUUUUUACACACUCGUUGAUGGAGACGUGUUGUGUGGCAGAGGAAUGCUAGAGCUUUAAAAUUGCCCCAUUUUAUACCAGAUAAAUCAACUUCUACCUUUUUUUUUUCUUUUUUUAAUCAAAAUUUUGUAAGGGGGAAGGGUCUAUACUGGGGAAUGAAUGCCCUGGAAAUGUAUAGAGCUGAUACUGGAUCUGGUUCUUUUGUCACAGACCGAUCAUUGAUUCUUUUUUGAUUUUCCAAGGGAGGUUGGUGGCUUGGUUUCACCAAUGCCUCUGCUUACAUAGGAGAAGAUGUUUUUUGAUCGUUUGUAUCGACUUUUAAAUUAGAUAUAAAAGUGAAACGCAUCCAAC